AUGUUAGGGUGCAUGCCGUCCUACUCCACAGGUGUGCAUGGGCCGUCUCACUGCCCGAUUUUCACAAGCACGGUUGAGCUGCCCGGUUGGGGCAGCUUCACGGGCAGUAGCUGCAUGACGAAAACACAGGCGGAGACGAGUGCGGCGUUCGAGGCGUGGUUUGGGUUUUUCGUGGCAGGGUCAUUCAUUCGUGGAGGGGAGAGCGGUGUACCCGCGGGAGGGCCAAUGGCAGAGGAACAGCCGGAAGGUGUGGCAGCUGAUGCUGAAGGGGGAGUGGUGGGAACAGCACCAGAGGAGGCCGCAGCAGUAGCAGCAAAGGUGGAAUCAGAAAUGGCUUCAGCAGCAGGACGAGAGGAGGUGGGUGUAGGAAGUUGUGGGGUGCUGAAGGUUGCUGGAGCAGUUGAGGCAGCAGCAGCAGAUGUAGCAAGCACAAGUGCAGGAGGAGCGGGAGCAGCGGCAGCAGUGGAAGUAAAAGAAGAACUCAUAGCGGGAGCGGAGUGUGUUGGGGGGGAGGUCGCACCUGCAGCAGUAGCAGAGGGUGCUGGGGGGGAGGUAGCACCUGCAACAACAGAUGGUGCUGGGGGGGAGGUAGCACCUACAAAAACGGAGGGCGCUGGGGGGGAGGCAGCACCUGCAGCAACGGAGGAUAUUGGGGGGGAGGUAGCACCUGCAGAAACGGAGGGUGCUGGGGGGGGAGGCAGUACCUGCAGCAGUAGCAGAGGUUGCCCACGCUCUCCCACGUUAACCACACAUCCCCUCGUCGCAAGUGCUAGUAGUAAACAUACCGCGCUUCAGAUCGUCACCCGCGCUCCCCUCAUCACCCUCGUCGACCCACACCGAUCCUCGCCGCCCUCACCUCCCUUGGUCACCGACAUUCCCUCUCGUCGCUCGCGCUUCCCCUCAUCACCCGUGCCGACCCUCGCCGCCCUCGCCUCCCCUCGUCGCCCGCGCGUCCCGUCGUCGGGCUUGCCUCCCAGUCACUCGCGCUUCCCCUCGUCAUCCGCGUUUCCAUCCGCUCUUCCCCUCUCCCCAUCUCACCAUCUCCAGCCCAUCCUUCCUCCCUCAUUCCUUCCGAAGGGGUGGGACAGAUGGGGAGGAACAGAUGGGGAGAAACAGAGGUGGUCGCUUCCACCACCACAAUCGAACAGCGUUUUGAUUCCCUCUCUGCUCCCCACCAUCCUCCCCCCAGCUCUCUCCCCAGCAUCUGCCCCCGUUCCCCCCAUCCUCUUCCCUGUUUCCCCGUAUCCCCUGCCGUGCUUCCCCCCAUCCUAUCCCCUCUUACCCCGUAUCCCCUGCCCUGCUUCCCCCCAUCCCCUUCCCUGCUUCCCCCCAUCCCCUUCCCUACUUCCCCCCAUCCCCUUCCCUGCUUCCCCCCAUCCCCUUCCCUACUUCCCCCCAUCCCCUUCCCUGCUUCCCCUUAUCCCCUUCCCUGCUUCCCCUCGUCCCCUCCCCUGCUUUCCCCCAUCCCCUUCCCUGCUUCCCUCCAUCCCCUUCCCUGCUUUCCCCUAUCCCCUGCCCUGCUUCCCCCCAUCCCCCUUCCCUGCUUCCCCCCAUCCCCUCCCCUGCUUCCCCCCAUUCCCUCCCCUGCUUCCCCCCAUCCCCCUCCCUGUUUCCCCCCAUCCCCUUCCCUGCUUCCCCCCAUCCCCUCCCCUGCUUCCCCCCAUUCCCUCCCCUGCUUCCCCCCAUCCCCCUCCCUGUUUCCCCCCAUCCCCUCCCCUGCUUCCCCCCAUCCCCUUCCCUUCUUCCCCCCAUCCCCUCCCCUGCUUCCUCCUAUCCCCUUCCCUGCUUCCCCCCAUCCCCUUCCCUACUUCCCCCCAUCCCCUUCCCUGCUUCCCCUCAUCCCCUUCCCUGCUUCCCCUCAUCCCCUCCCCUGCUUUCCCCCAUCCCCUUCCCUGCUUCCCCCCAUCCCCUUCACUGCUUCCCCCCAUCCCCUGCCCUACUUUCCCCCAUCCCCUGCCCUGCUUCCCCCCAUCCCCCUCCCUGCUUCACCCCAUCCCCUUCCCUGCUUCCCCCCAUCCCCUUCCCUGCUUCCCCCCAUCCCCUUCCCUGCUUCCCCCCAUCCCUUUCCCUGCUUCCCCUCAUCCCCUCCCCUGCUUUCCCCCAUCCCCUUCCCUGCUUCCCCCCAUCCCCUGCCCUGCUUCCCCCCAUCCCCCUCCCUGCUUCCCCCCAUCCCCUGCGCUGCUUCCCCCCAUCCCCCUCCCUGCUUCCCCCCAUCCCCUUCCCUGCUUCCCCCCUUCCCUUUCCCUGCUUCCCCCCAUCCCGUCCCGUGCUUCCCCCAAUCCCCUUCCCUGCUUCCCCCCAUCCGCUUCCCUGCUUCCCCCCAUCCCCUCCCCUGCUUCCCCCCAUCCCCCUCCCUGUUUCCCCCCAUCCCCUUCCCUUCUUCCCCCCAUCCCCUCCCCUGCUUCCCCCCAUUCCCUCCCCUGCUUCCCCCCAUCCCCCUCCCUGUUUCCCCCCAUCCCCUCCCCUGCUUCCCCCCAUCCCCUCCCCUGCUUCCUCCUAUCCCCUUCCCUGCUUCACCCCAUCCCCUUCCCUGCUUCCCCCCAUCCCCUUCCCUGCUUCCCCCCAUCCCUUUCCCUGCUUCCCCUCAUCCCCUCCCCUGCUUUCCCCCAUCCCCUUCCCUGCUUCCCCCCAUCCCCUGCCCUGCUUCCCCCCAUCCCCCUCCCUGCUUCCCCCCAUCCCCUGCCCUGCUUCCCCCCAUCCCCCUCCCUGCUUCCCCCCAUCCCCUUCCCUGCUUCCCCCCUUCCCUUUCCCUGCUUCCCCCCAUCCCGUCCCGUGCUUCCCCCCAUCCCCUUCCCUGCUUCCCCCCAUCCCCUUCCCUGCUUCCCCCCAUCCCCUCCCCUGCUUUCCCCCAUCCCCUUCCCUGCUUCCCCUCAUCCCCUUCCCUGCUUCCCCUCAUCCCCUCCCCUGCUUUCCCCCAUCCCCUUCCCUGCUUCCCCCCAUCCCCUGCCCUGCUUCCCCCCAUCCCCCUCCCUGCUUCACCCCAUCCCCUUCCCUGCUUCCCCCCAUCCCCUUCCCUGCUUCCCCCCAUCCCCUUCCCUGCUUCCCCCCAUCCCUUUCCCUGCUUCCCCUCAUCCCCUCCCCUGCUUUCCCCCAUCCCCUUCCCUGCUUCCCCCCAUCCCCUUCCCUGCUUCCCCCCUUCCCUUUCCCUGCUUCCCCCCAUCCCGUCCCGUGCUUCCCCCCAUCCCCUUCCCUGAUUCACCCCAUCCCCUUCCCUGCUUCCCCCAUCCCCUUCCCUGCUUCCCCCCAUCCCCUUCCCUGCUUCCCCUCAUCCCCUCCCCUGCUUUCCCCCAUCCCCUUCCCUGCUUCCCCCCAUCCCCUGCCCUGCUUCCCCCCAUCCCCCUCCCUGCUUCACCCCAUCCCCUUCCCUGCUUCCCCCCAUCCCCUUCCCUGCUUCCCCCCAUCCCCUUCCCUGCUUCCCCCCAUCCCUUUCCCUGCUUCCCCCCAUCCCCUUCCCUGCUUCCCCCCAUCCCCUUCCCUGCUUCCCCCCAUCCCUUUCCCUGCUUCCCCUCAUCCCCUCCCCUGCUUUCCCCCAUCCCCUUCCCUGCUUCCCCCCAUCCCCUUCCCUGCUUCCCUCCAUCCCCUUCCCUGCUUUCCCCUAUCCCCUGCCCUGCUUCCCCCCAUCCCCCUUCCCUGCUUCCCCCCAUCCCCUCCCCUGCUUCCCCCCAUUCCCUCCCCUGCUUCCCCCCAUCCCCCUCCCUGUUUCCCCCCAUCCCCUUUCCUGCUUCCCCCCAUCCCCUCCCCUGCUUCCCCCCAUCCCCUGCCUUGCUUCACCCCAUCCCCCUCCCUGCUUCCCCCCAUCCCCUUCCCUACUUUCCCCCAUCCCAUGCCCUGCUUCCCCCCAUCCCCCUCCCUGCUUCACCCCAUCCCCUUCCCUGCUUCCCCCCAUCCCCUUCCCUGCUUCCCCCCAUCCCCUUCCCUGCUUCCCCCCAUCCCUUUCCCUGCUUCCCCUCAUCCCCUCCCCUGCUUUCCCCCAUCCCCUUCCCUGCUUCCCCCCAUCCCCUGCCCUGCUUCCCCCCAUCCCCCUCCCUGCUUCCCCCCAUCCCCUGCGCUGCUUCCCCCCAUCCCCCUCCCUGCUUCCCCCCAUCCCAUUCCCUGCUUCCCCCCUUCCCUUUCCCUGCUUCCCCCCAUCCCGUCCCGUGCUUCCCCCAAUCCCCUUCCCUGCUUCCCCCCAUCCGCUUCCCUGCUUCCCCCCAUCCCCUUCCUUGCUUCACCCCAUCCCCUUCCCUGAUUCCCCCCCAUCCCCUCCCCUGCUUCCCCCCAUCCCCCUCCCUGUUUCCCCCCAUCCCCUUCCCUUCUUCCCCCCAUCCCCUCCCCUGCUUCCCCCCAUUCCCUCCCCUGCUUCCCCCCAUCCCCCUCCCUGUUUCCCCCCAUCCCCUCCCCUGCUUCCCCCCAUCCCCUCCCCUGCUUCCUCCUAUCCCCUUCCCUGCUUCACCCCAUCCCCUUCCCUGCUUCCCCCCAUCCCCUUCCCUGCUUCCCCCCAUCCCUUUCCCUGCUUCCCCUCAUCCCCUCCCCUGCUUUUCCCCAUCCCCUUCCCUGCUUCCCCCCAUCCCCUGCCCUGCUUCCCCCCAUCCCCCUCCCUGCUUCCCCCCAUCCCCUGCCCUGCUUCCCCCCAUCCCCCUCCCUGCUUCCCCCCAUCCCCUUCCCUGCUUCCCCCCUUCCCUUUCCCUGCUUCCCCCCAUCCCCUUCCCCCCAUCCCCUUCCCUACUUCCCCCCAUCCCCUUCCCUGCUUCCCCUCAUCCCCUUCCCUGCUUCCCCUCAUCCCCUCCCCUGCUUUCCCCCAUCCCCUUCCCUGCUUCCCCCCAUCCCCUGCCUUGCUUCACCCCAUCCCCCUCCCUGCUUCCCCCCAUCCCCUUCCCUACUUUCCCCCAUCCCCUGCCCUGCUUCCCCCCAUCCCCCUCCCUGCUUCCCCCCCAUCCCCUUCCCUGCUUCCCCCCAUCCCCUUCCCUGCUUCCCCCCAUCCCCUUCCCUGCUUCCCCUCAUCCCCUUCCCUGCUUCCCCUCAUCCCUUCCCCUGCUUCCCCCCAUCCCCUUCCCUGCUUCCCCCCAUCCCCCCCCCCCCUGCUGCCUCCCAUUACUCUCAUUCUCCUUCCUCCUGCACUCACACCUCUCAGUCCUCUCGCACUCUCUCUCUCCGUCCUCUCGCACUCGCACUCUACUCCCCACCACCCUCAGCCCUCCUUCCCCUCGCACCCACCCAUGUUCCCACCUGCCCUCCCCAUCCCUGCCUUUCCCUCCCUGCCCUGCCCUUCCCUUCUCCAUCCCUUCUCAAACCUCCCCUUUCAUGUCAUGCCCUCACCUUCCCCCUCAUCUUCCGCCCUCCAGUUACCAUGCAUGUGCACCCAUCAUUGUCUCCCCAUACCGGUACAUGCUUUCAUCAUGUGCGCUUGCUUGUGUUCCCCUGCAGUUUUUCCCUUGGCACCUCACACCACUUCCCCCAUGUUCCAUCACACAAUUCUUUCUGCCUACUCCACUCUCCAAAUUUUCAGUGGUGAAGCAGAGGAGCAAGCUGAGGCGCAGCUAG